GGCUCCUCUCAGACUCGGACCGACUCCCCGGCUGACGGAGCAGAGCGGAGCCGCCUGUUGGAGCCGCUUCACCCGCGAAGAGAGCAGAGGCUCCGCGCCGGAUCCGGGACCAGGGGUCUCUGUGGACCCUCGAUCCGGACUCUGUGGACCAUGAUCAGACAGAGCGGAGGACGUAAAGAGGAGAAGUUUUCUCUGGACUGAACCGGACCGAGGGAUUUUAAGGAGUUUUGUGGAUUUUGGUUUCCUGCCGGACCACAGGUCUGAGUUUCUGCUGGACCCUGGAGGACUUCAGGGGUCCUGGAUUUCUGUCAAAACCGAAGAUUUCAUGUGGGCUCGUUGGACCCGUUCUUCCCGCUGCGUCUCGGGCUGGACGGCGUGCCGAUGGAGGAUGGCGUCUGAGUCGGGCCUCGCCGUUUCGUCCGGGUCGGGAGGRAUGGCGGCUCUGUGGCGCUCGCUUCGGCUCUUCCUCCUGCUGCCCGUCUGCGUGUCUGCAGCCAGCCUGUCCACGGCCGAGCCUCCAGACUCGGUGACGAGCGAGGCGGCCUACCUGGAGGACUACGUUCUGGGUUUGGGGGACACCUUGGAGAUGUCGUGCGACCUGGACGGCCCCCCGCACCCGAUCGUCUGGCUCAAAGACGGCGCCGGAGUCGUGCCGAGCAACCGGACGCACGUCGGCCAGCGGGUGCUGCGCGUCGUCAACGUGUCGUACGAAGACGCCGGCRUGUACACGUGUUGGCUCGCCCGCAACAACCUGCUGCUCAGCAACUUCACCGUCAGAGUCACAGACUCCCUGUCGUCUGGUGAUGAUGAAGAUUAUGAUGAAGAUGCAGAGGCGCCGUACUGGACCAGACAGAGCCAGAUGGACAAGAAGCUCCUGGCCGUCCCGGCGGCCAACACCGUCAAGUUCCGCUGCGCCGCCGACGGGAACCCGACCCCCACCAUCCACUGGAUGAAGAACGGCCGAGAGUUCAAGAGCGAGCAGAGGAUGGGGGGCAUCAAGCUCAGACACCAGCAGAAGAGCCUCGUCAUGGAGAGCGUGGUGCCGUCAGACCGGGGCAACUACACCUGCGUGGUGCAGAACAAGUACGGGACCAUCAGCCACACCUACCAGCUGGACGUUCUGGAGCGCUCGCCCCACCGGCCCAUCCUGCAGGCCGGCCUGCCGGCCAAUCAGACGGUGGUGGUGGGCAGCGAUGUGGAGUUCCACUGUAAGGUCUACAGCGACGCUCAGCCUCACAUCCAGUGGCUCAAACACAUCGAGGUGAACGGCAGCCGCUACGGCCCCGACGGAGCGCCGUUCGUCAACAUCCUGAAGAAUAAUGUCAGUAAAAACACCGUGGCACACAGUAAGUUGAAACUGUCCAACGUGACAAGGGAAGACGCCGGGAAGUACUGGUGUCGCGCCACAAACUUUAUUGGCAUGUCGGAAAAAGCUUUCUGGCUGAACGUGGACAAACCAGAGAACCCAGACAAAGACGACUACUACGCAGACAUCCUGAUCUACGUGACGGGCUGCGUGCUCUUCAUCCUCGCCGUGGUCAUCGUCAUCCUCUGCCGCAUGAGGAUGAGCGCGCAGAAGACUCUGCCCGCGCCGCCGGUGCAGAAACUGUCCAAGUUCCCCCUCAAGAGACAGGUAACAGUGUCCUUGGAUUCCAACUCGUCCAUGAACUCCAACACRCCGCUGGUCCGGAUAGCMCGGCUGUCGUCCAGCGACGGGCCCAUCCUGGCCAACGUCUCCGAGCUGGAGCUGCCCUCCGACCCCAAGUGGGAGUUCCCCCGCUCGCGGCUGACUCUGGGGAAACCGCUGGGCGAGGGCUGCUUCGGUCAGGUGGUCAUGGCCGAGGCUGUCGGCGUGGAUAAGGAGAAGCCCAACARGCCGCUGACUGUGGCUGUGAAGAUGCUGAAAGACGACGCGACAGACAAAGACCUGUCGGACCUGGUGUCAGAAAUGGAAAUGAUGAAGAUGAUCGGCAAACACAAAAACAUCAUCAACCUGCUCGGCGCGUGCACGCAGGACGGUCCUCUGUACGUCCUGGUGGAAUACGCUUCCAAAGGCAACCUGAGGGAAUACCUGCGGGCUCGGCGUCCGCCCGGCAUGGACUACUCCUUCGACACCUGCAAGAUCCCCGACGAGCAGCUGACGUUCAAAGACCUGGUGUCCUGCGCCUACCAGGUGGCCCGAGGCAUGGAGUACCUGGCCUCGCAGAAGUGUAUUCACAGAGACCUGGCAGCCAGAAACGUCCUCGUCACAGAAGACAACGUGAUGAAAAUCGCCGACUUCGGUCUCGCCCGUGACGUACACAACAUAGACUACUACAAAAAGACAACAAACGGUCGUCUGCCGGUGAAGUGGAUGGCUCCGGAGGCGUUGUUCGACCGGGUCUACACGCACCAGAGCGACGUGUGGUCCUACGGGGUUCUGCUGUGGGAGAUCUUCACUCUGGGGGGCUCUCCGUACCCAGGGAUCCCAGUGGAAGAACUCUUCAAGCUGCUGAAAGAGGGACAUCGGAUGGACAAACCUGCCAACUGCACACAUGAGCUGUACAUGAUCAUGAGGGAGUGCUGGCACGCCAUCCCAUCACAGAGACCGACCUUCAGACAGCUGGUAGAAGAUCUGGACCGGAUUUUAUCCAUGACCUCCACCGACGAGUACCUGGACCUGUCGGUGCCCUUCGAGCAGUACUCGCCCACCUGCCAGGACUCCAGCAGCACCUGCUCGUCAGGAGACGACUCGGUGUUCGCCCACGACCCGCCUCCCGACGAGCCCUGUCUGUCCAAACCGCUGACCUGCAACGGAGUGAUCAGGACAUAAAACUUGUUGUGGGGGGGCCGGGUCGGACCGCCGUCGCCAGGAGCUCGUCUUAAACUCGUCUCUGAGCAAACUUCUUCUCUCGGAGGUUCAGCGUUGGAGGAUUGUUUUGAAUUUGAACGAGGAUCUUCCAGGAAUGAAAGUUGUAUUUUUGUACUCAGGCCAGUGUUUUGUUACAGACGUGUGUGUUUGGUGAAACCAUUCCGUGCCUACUGGGAAAAUCCUUCCUGAGUCCGGGUCUGAACGGGUCCAGGAGGAGCGAAUAAAGGGCAUUGAUUGAUGGCUAACCGGUUUGUGAUGCAGCACCGGAGGACCUUCAGCUGUAUCUCUCGUGGACCCGCUGAGAUCCACAAAACGUGAGGGAGGUCCUCAAAGAUCCGGUUAGUUUUU